AUGAAUGGAAUCCGGGAUGUCGCCCUCACCUAUGACAUAGCCUGUCAAUACAGCCGCAACUUCCAGAGACGAUUUGAUUCACUAGCCGCCUUUCUCCGGCUACCACCGCAUUUGCGAAUCAUUUUUUUGGUUCCCAAAUUCCAUCUUCCAGCCCAUAAAGAAGCAUGUCGUUAUCAGUACUCACUCAAUUUCUGCAAGAAUGUUGGACGCACAGAUGGGGAAGCUAUUGAGCGCUUCUGGAGUGCCCAUAACUAUCUCUCUGGCAGCACGAUGCGCACGAGCCCAUGUUCCCGACAAGAUGCCCUCAAUUUCCACUUCAACUACUGGAACUGGAGGAAAACACGCAAGAUGGGCAAAACGCUACUAAAGCGUCUUCAGAAUGCACGAGAAAUGCUUGUUCAGCAUACAAUCCUCCUUGCUGACCUACGAGAUAGUGUGGGGGUUGAGAAAUCCACGGUAUGGUCACAACUAGAGGACAACUACAUGAUAAGGCAGGGUGAACACACCAUUUAUCAAACACUCGCAGAUCGAGCUCCAACGCGGUUACAAGUUUUGCAGAGAUUAACCCAAUUCAACAAUGAUCUCCAGCCGUUAGGAGCUGAAGAUGACAAUCGUCCAGCAAUGGUGCUUUGGAUCAACGACGGCCUUGAAAUUGAAGAACAGCAAGCACGACUAAUUGUACUUAUACAAUCUACCAUUGGUGGAACGGAGCGUCAGUUGGUGGAACUCAACCGGAAAAGAGCCAACCUCAGCGAGAGAAUAAAUGCAUGGAAGGCAAGAGCUCCGGAUAAUGGGCAAGAUGAUGGUGACGAUGAGCCUACACACAAUCCGGAAUUACAGAGGCUUAUGUUGCCAUCUCAGCUGCCAUACCACGACCAGAAUGAAGAACUUCGGCGGAUUGAGAAAGAGCUUCGGGAAGCUCAGGCCUUCGACUACCUACGUGCUCUCAGAACCAGCCUUGCGGAGAAGAUUGCACUGGUGCGUGACAAGGAAACAAACCAACGUGGAAAUCAAGCGAAUGCACGAGCACGUUCAGUAAUUGAUCGUGUUCAGAUGCGUAUCGACUUUGAGGCAUCCAGAUAUCGCGUUUCAUUCAGUGCUCUUCAGAGACUUGGUGGAGUGGAUAAUGUGGAGCUCAUGCCACUUGCCCCUCAGGACGUUUCCAUUGCUAAUGUCUUCCGGUUUACAUGCGACUUAGAACGUGGCUAUAAUACUUCAACAUCCUGGAUUUGGCGGCGACACGCUGUAGGAGAACAAGCAAUGGACAAUGACUGGUUAAAUGAAUUCCUCCGAGUUCGCUUUCUAGAGGCAAAGGUCAACCAUGAUCGGUGGAAGGAGGAAUGCGAGCUUGUGCGUGUGGAGCUUGGAUACACAUAUCGCUCAUUUCGUCACUGGCAAUGGGAAUGGAUCCAGAAGGCACAGCAUAGUCAGGUGGCUGGCGAGGUUGCACAUUCUCACCUCAUGUCGCAUCUCUAUGCGAUGUUGGCCCAUGAGGUGGGCGAGAUCAUUGUUCAAGUUGAUCAUGGUGGAGCAUAG